UUUGGCAUAGUGCUUGAACCGCCAUGUCAUGCAGGUACCAAACCAAAGACCUUAACCUUUCGGCAAUUGAUGGAGAGACAGUCCCUUCCCCCGAUACUGGCGAGAGUUUCCCUUUGUAGCACCCUGGCACAGUCCCUCUCAAGUUUCCAUUCAGUUGAUUGGCUACAUAAAGGCUUGAAUAGCGACAACAUACUUUACUUCGGAGAUGAGACUGAAAAAUUCGAUUUGAAUCGGCCGCAUAUUGCAGGAUUCAGUACCUCCAGACCCAGUGACCGCACCGACAUGACAGAAGCCCCUAUUUUGCGAUCCUCCGUCGGAUGUAUACAGGCAUUCGCACGCUCAAUUUGGCGAGCAAAAAGUUCAUUCCACAAAUCUUAUGAUAUAUAUGCUUUAGAUGUAAUUCUCACAGAAAUCGCCACAUGGAAACCCAUCGAUGUUAUUAUGUGUAUUGGCAACGUCAUGGAAACGACAAGGGACGAAUUGCGCGGUGUGUACAAACGAUUGGAACGAGAAGAAAUGGAUUUCCUGGCAGAAAUCGCAAGCCUAUAUGGGAAUGCCUAUAGCCAGGUCAUAAGUGUCUGCCUUCGAGCAAGAGAGGAUAAGAGACUAGCAUGCAAAGCAGAGCUAGGCUCAUAGGCUCAGAAACCAGAAGGCAGAGUGAAGAACGUGACGUAUACGUAGACAGCAUGAUAGAAACCAGGGCCGGGAAUAACACUAGCCUGGUGAAGCUGGCAGGCUGGGUAACUUGGUUGUGAUCGUCAGUUGCUUUUCACGGAGCCCUCAAGAAGGCAUGGCACGACCCGUCUCUGUAAGUAGCAGAGGCUGCCGGAAGCCAUUCAAAAAUUUGAUCAAGGAUGGCCAAGAAAUAGUUCUGCGAAGUGAUAUUAUGAAAACACACAGUCUUUCUUUUGCAGAUUUCGUAUGGUAGGGAGCCGGAGACAAGACACGUCUCGAAGUUGAGGUUUUACUGUAGUCUAAGGUUCGUA